AUGGAGCCAUUCACGCUAUAUCGCCGUCAACCACAAGGCCGUCGAUCGAACACGCGACACAUCAAAAUGGGUCCCUAUUUGCUCUUGCAAACACUGGGUGAAGGCGAGUUUGGAAAAGUCAAGCUCGGUAUCCAUACGGAAACCGGUCAAGAGUUUGCGAUCAAAUUGAUUCGAAAGGAAACGGUUGGAUAUUCUGCAUCACGCCUCAACAAGGUGGAACGCGAAAUUCACGCACUGCGGACACUCAAACACCCGUACAUCGUCAAGCUGUUCAAUGUGAUCGAAACAGAGAAAUACAUCGCCAUCAUCCUGGAGUAUGCAUCAGGCGGUGAGCUGUUUGAGUACAUUCUAGCACAUCGGUGCCUCAAGGAGAAGGAUGCUCGGCGCCUCUUUGCUCAGUUGAUCAGUAGCGUCCAAUAUAUGCACCGCAGAAAGAUAGUUCAUCGCGAUCUGAAGCUGGAGAACCUGUUGUUGGAUAGGAAUCGGAAUAUCGUCGUUACAGAUUUCGGGUUUGCAAACAAUAAGCAAGACGAUCUGAUGGCCACAUCAUGCGGGUCGCCCUGUUAUGCAGCCCCCGAACUGGUUGUGAACGAGGGCCAGUAUGCGGGCUCGGCUGUCGACAUUUGGUCCUGUGGGGUGAUUCUUUACGCUAUGCUCUGCGGCUACUUGCCCUUUGACGAUGAUCCAUGCAAUCCAGAUGGCAACAACAUCAACCAGCUCUACCGAUACAUUCUGUCAACCCCACCCUCGUUCCCCAAACAUGUCAGUAAGGAUGCCCAGGACCUGUUGCGCCAAAUCCUUGUUGCCGACCCUCAGAAACGCUACACGCUUGACGAUAUCCAGCACCAUCCUUGGCUGAAGCCCCACAGC